AAUCGUCAAUUUGCUCAUCGCUGUCGACGUCGGCGAACGUCAGAGAACGUAGAAAGAAUAUAGAAAGCUUUCUCAAUGCAAAAUUUUCUCAAUUUGUUAUUUUGUGUUUGUGCUGACGGAAAAUAUUGAGGAAAAUUGAUUUUUGUUGCAAAAAAUUUAGAAAGUUAUUGUCAUGGAGAAUGUAGAGCUGUACGAAAUUCUCGGAGUGAAUAAAAAUUCAACAGAUGCUGAAAUUAAAAAGAAUUAUCGUAAAUUAGCAAAAGAAUUCCACCCAGACAAAAAUCCAGAAGCGGGUGAUAAAUUUAAGGAAAUUUCUUUUGCAUAUGAGAUACUUUCUGAUCCAGAUAAACGUAAAAUCUAUGAUCGCUAUGGACUAAAAGGACUGCAAGAAGGCAGUGAUGGAUUCGGUGAUGCUUCCGAAUUCUUUUCACAUUGGUUUCCAUUCACAGCUGGUCAUAGUCAUGCAGGGGAUGGUGGCGGUGGAGCGAAUAGCCGGGCACGGCAAGCAGCGCAAGUAGUUGUAAAACUAGAAGUGACGCUUGAGGAAUUAUAUAAUGGUAACGUGUCUAAACCUGUAGAAUAUAAACGUACUUCCUUUUGUGUUGACUGCGACGGUGAAGGUGGACCAAAAAUGUCGUUGGAACAAUGCAAAGCCUGUAAUGGCACUGGCCGCACUGCGAAUUACUCUUUUAUGGGGGCCUUCGUAAAUGCAUUUGAAUCUACCUGCCCAUCUUGCUAUGGACGUGGUACCACCAUACCAGAGGCAUCACGUUGCACUACAUGUAGUGGUAGUGGUUUAGUGGAAGAAGAAGUAAAACAUGAGGUGCCUAUAGAAAAAGGCGCACCAAAUAUGUCGAAAAUAGUUUUCCACUCUGCUGGCAAUCAACCGUUAGUGGGCGAGCGAGGUGAUCUUAUUGUGGUCUUAGUACAAGCCGAACAUGCCGUUUUUAUAAGACGUCAAAAUGAUUUAUUUCUGCGAGAUAUGCGCAUAAAUAUCACACAAGCAUUAUGUGGCUUCAUACAUUGCUUCCAACAUUUGGAUGGUCGUCCAAUAUGCAUCACAAAUAAACCAGGCGAUGUUAUAAAAUAUGGCGAACUGAGGGUGGUUAGCGGCGAAGGCAUGCCUUUGCGUAAUAAUCCCUUUGAACGUGGAGAUUUGUUUGUUGAAUUCAAUAUUGAUUUUCCCGAUGAUAAUUUUGCGACUGAAGAUCAAAUGCAUCUAUUGGAGACGCUAUUGCCACCUCGCCAACCCUUCACAAUGCCUGAAGACGCAGAGGAAGUUGUCAUGAUGGAGGUGCCACCAUACGGUGAAGGUAGUCAUGCUGGUGCUCACGGCGGCAUGGAUGACGAUGAUGACGAUGCCCCACCACAUUUCGAAAGUGUGCAAUGUCAAACGGGUUAAAGCGGCUAGAAGACAUGUAUAGAAGUAGAUGUAGUAAAUCAUGUGACAGCUAAUGUGGAAAAUAGUCGGUGCGAAUACGAUAAAUUAUAUGUACGCUGUAUGCAACAUAUAUAUGUAUGUAUAAUGCAGCAUAAGUCUGUAUAAGGCUUGACCAAAUGAUGAUAACCAUAUAAUUGAUAAUAAGAACGUAAAUUUAAUGUA